CCCAACGCAUCAGGGCCAGUAUCCCAUUUCACUCUAAUAGUCUAAUGUAUGAAGAUUCUAUGUGCUUAUCUGAACCGCAAACAAUCCCCUGCUGCAGCGGCACGCGACCGGACCUCGUGCCUGCCCAGGGCCAGAGGAUAUUGGAGUCUCCCCCAAAGUGGAGUUGCGUCACUGCCUCCAGUCUGUUGGAGACGGGGACUGGAGCCGACGACAUCCAUGACAUUCUCACACACACACACACACAACCGCUGACCCCUUGACCUCGAACACUGAUCUCGACACCCGGUCAGUAUCUCUGGCGCGAUACAAAGCACAGCCUGCUGCACACCUCUUACAUGAACGAGAAACCACCGCACCUCACCUACGAGACAUUCCCUGAACCGCACGUGCGCCCAUCCCUCAUCCGAACCAUGUCCUCCUGGGACUACAUUGCCAAACUCGUCUGCAUCGGCGACUCGGGCUGCGGCAAGUCCUCGCUCACCAUCCGCCUCUGCGAAGGUCGCUUCUCGCCGCACCACGACGUGACCAUUGGCGUCGAGUUCGGCUCGCGCAUCGUCCCCGUCGGCCCUCCCCACACCCAGCCCGCCCUCCCGUCCUCGGAGGAGGAGCAAGGCCUCCCCGAGCCGCGGCGCGAUGUCGCCCAGAAACACAUGAAGCUGAGCCUGUGGGACACGGCCGGCCAGGAGACGUACAAGAGCGUGACGAGGUCGUACUUCAGGGGCGCGAGCGGUGCCUUAUUAGUCUUCGACCUCAGUCGGCGGCAGACCUUUCAGCACGUCACCGACUGGCUGAACGACCUGCGCCAGAUUGCGGAGCCGGAUAUCGUCGUCAUACUCGUCGGGAACAAGGCCGAUCUGACGCAACGGGACGAGGGCAACAAGCGCGAGGUCACGCGGGAAGAAGCCGAGGACUGGGCACGCAAGAACGGCGUGAUGGAGUAUGUCGAGACAAGUGCCAAAAGCGGCGAGAAUGUCGAGAACGCAUUCAUGAGAGUCGCGGAGAGGAUAUACCAAAAUAUCCAGGCCGGCAAAUACGACCUCAAUGACAGGAGGUCGGGGGUCAAAGGCCCAGGAGCAGGCAACAAAGGCCAAGUGAAACUUUCAACAGACGCGAGCAAAUCAUCAGGAGGCAUGUGUUGCUGAUAGAAGCGAUGGCCAGAAUCAUAAUUAGAGACAACACCAAUAAUACUAAUGCAUGAAGGCUCUGCUUCACAGGCAGCGAGA